CGGAGUGAACCGCUGCUGUAUGAACCAUAGACUGUAGGGCAUGAACACACUGAGCACAACCUGCUAGUGGGCUAGCCAGUGUCAACAAGCACAAAAAAAUGUCGGGGAAGAGUUUUCGAGUAAGCGACGGGGACUGGAUAUGUCCUGAUAAAAAGUGUGGAAAUGUGAACUUUGCUAGAAGAACAAGUUGUAACAGAUGUGGCCGAGAGAAAACCACAGAAGCAAAGAUGAUGAAAGCUGGAGGAACAGAGAUUGGGAAAACUCUAGCUGAAAAGAGUAGAGGCCUCUUCAGUGCAAAUGAUUGGCAGUGCAAAACAUGUGGUAAUGUGAACUGGGCAAGGAGGUCGGAGUGCAACAUGUGUAACACGCCAAAAUAUGCCAAGCUUGAGGAGAGAACAGGUUAUGGUGGAGGAUUCAAUGAAAGGGAGAAUGUAGAAUACAUUGAGCGAGAGGAAUCAGAUGGAGAAUAUGAUGAAUUUGGUAGGAAAAAGAAAAAGUAUCGUGGGAAGACAAACAGCACAUCUUCCUCAAAAGAAAGUGAGAAGAAAGAAGUAAACAAAGCUGAAGAUGAGGAGGAGGAGGAGGAGGAAGAAGAUGAUGAAGAUGGUGAUCUUUCCAAAUACAAACUGGAUGAUGAUGAUGAAGAUGAUGAAGAUGGAGACCUCUCAAAGUAUGAUCUUAAUGCCAGUGAGGAUGAAGACAUGCCAGCCAAGAAAAAGGGCAGCCGCUCGGGAUCGUCCCGUUCCCGUUCAUCCUCACACUCUUCCAGCUCCAGUUCUCGGUCGAGGUCCAGGUCCCGCUCUAGAAGCUCUUCCAGCUCCAGAUCUGGAUCUCGAUCGAGGUCUCACUCCAGAUCCAGCUCCAGGUCUGGCAAGGGCUCCUCUCCCCGGAAGAGGUCCCGCUCACCCUCCUCCUCACCUGAGAGGAGACAGAAGCGCAGUCGCUCCAGGUCCUCAUCUGGAGGGAGAAAGAGGAGGCGAUCUCGUUCACGUUCGUCCGAAAGGCGCCGCGGACAAUCCUCUGGAUCCUCCCAUUCUGGCUCCAGUUCAAAAAAGAAAUAACUUUAUUACAGCCUCUAAAACAAGAAAAGAGACCUUAGUACAAGUGCAUGUUGUGCUGAAAUGAAAACAACCACAACCUCUCAGUAUGGUGUUCAUUUCCAUUGAAAAGUCUUAUUUCUCUCUGCAAAGACAGUGGCUACAUGGCCCAUAACUUAUCAUGACAUACUCCCUUUUAAAACGGCAUACACCCCAGUCCUGACAAGUGUCUUUAACAACAGGUAUCCAAUGAACAUACAUGUUUGGUCCUGUAAGAAUACCAGAUGUACUGUGAAGAGGCCAUACCCAAGUUUUAAACCCUGUUCCCAAAAUCUAUUGGGCCGUACAUUUUGGUCUUCUUGUCUGUGGAAAAAAUGAGUGCGGAAACCAUUUUUCUUUGUGUUCUUUUUUUAUUCAUUCAUUUUUUAAAUUAAAGGCAAAAGUACUAAAGCGGCAAUUUAGAUCACUAGAUGUAGCAAUGAAAUUUGGUCUUAUUUGUUUCAUUUUCUUGGUAAAACAAAUGAUUUAUUUUUUUCAAGGUAAGUAUUUUACUUUUGAUAUUGCUUGUUUUUAAGUGAUUGCCUGUUAGUUGAACAUUCUUUGGUUGAGGUUUAAAUCUUGUUUUGCACAGUUGUCACCUACUUCACUAAAAGUUAGUCCCUUUCCUUUGUCAUUUGGUAAACUAAUGAAUUCUAGAAACAAUUGUAAUGCACCACAUAAGGUAAUACAAAAUAACCAAAAAUGCAGUGUUUUGAUUUACAGUAGAACAUGGUGAAACCACUCAAAUGUACAAUUUAAAUAAAAUCCUGUCAACAUCA